GUUUUCUCCACUGCUUCGCUCUCUCUGCUUCCUGGUCUUCACUUUUUCCAAAGUUUUGGGAAGUUUCUUUUUCGUUGGUUUGAUCUCUCCGGGCAAAUGAAAAUUCUUUCGCUCCCCUUCUUACUCGCUUGAAUUGCCGCGACGUGGAUGAUGAAGCUAAAGUUCAAUCGAGCUGCCUGUGAGGAAGAAGAACUGUGAGGUUUAACAAUGGAGUGGGCAACGGUGCAGCAUCUGGAUCUGCGGCAUGUAGGUCGUGGUGUUAACCGGAGAUUGCAGCCGCAUGCUGCUACGUUUCACCCUACACAAGCUCUCGUCGCCGUGGCAAUUGGACCUUGCAUAAUUGAAUUCGAUGCAGUUACAGGCAGCAAGCUCUCAACUAUCAACAUUGGGGCUCCUGUUGUUCGUAUGGGUUACAGCCCAACCAGUGGGCAUGCUGUAAUUGCUAUUCUAGAGGAUUGUACCAUUCGGGCCUGUGAUUUUGACACUGAGCAAACUUGCGUAUUACAUUCCCCUGAAAAGAGAUCAGAGCAUAUAACGAUAGACACAGAAGUUCAUCUUGCAUUGACUCCUCUCCAACCUGUUGUCUUUUUCGGUUUCAACCGCAGAAUGAGCGUAACGGUUGUUGGAACUGUUGAAGGGGGAAGGGCGCCCACAAAAAUCAAAACGGACUUGAAGAAGCCAAUAACGAAUCUUGCUUGCCAUCCACGGCUUCCUGUUCUGUAUGUGGCCUAUGCAGAUGGUUUGAUUCGAGCCUACAACAUUCACACAUAUGCUGUUCAUUACACACUUCAAUUGGAUAAUACCAUCAAGCUCAUUGGUGCUGGAGCAUUUGCUUUUCAUCCAACAUUAGAAUGGAUCUUUGUUGGCGAUAGGCGUGGUACACUCUUGGCUUGGGAUGUCUCUACUGAGAGACCCAGUAUGAUCGGAAUAACCCAGGUGGGCUCACAACCAAUUGCAUCAAUAUCUUGGCUAUCGAUGUUGAAGCUACUUGUCACUGUUUCAAAAGAUGGAACUCUUCAAGUAUGGAAAACGCGAUUGGUAGUCAACCCUAAUAGACCACUGAUGCCGGCAAACUUUUUCGAACAAGCUGGAAUCGAAUCAAUAGAUGUCCCUCGCAUUUUGUCUCAGCAGGGAGGAGAAGCAGUUUAUCCUUUACCAAGAAUUAGAACCUUAGAAGUUCAUCCAAAAUUGAAUUUGGCAGCUCUUAUAUUUGCAAAUAUGGCGGGUGCUGAUAAUAUGAGGAACAAGGCUGCAUACACUAGGGAAGGAAGGAAGCAACUUUUCGCUGUCCUGCAAAGUGCAAGGGGAUCAUCCGCAUCUGUUUUGAAGGAAAAGCUGUCUUCCUUGGGCGCAUCAGGAGUUUUGGCUGAUCACCAGCUUCAGGCCCAAUUGCAAGAGCAUCAUCUCAAAGGGCACGGGCAGCCAACAAUUUCAGACAUUGCAAGGAAGGCAUUCCUUCACAGUCAUUUUAUGGAAGGUCAUUCUAAAAGUACCCCAAUAUCCCGAUUACCUCUCAUAUCAAUUUUGGACACCAAGCAUUAUCUCAAGGAUAUUCCUGUGUGCCAGCCUUUUCAUUUGGAGCUAAAUUUCUUCAACAAAGAAAAUCGAGUUCUUCAUUAUCCUGUUAGGGCUUUCUAUGUGGAGGGUUUGAAUCUUAUGGCAUACAAUCUCUGCACUGGAGGAGACAGCAUAUAUAAAAAACUUUAUACAACGAUUCCUGGAAAUGUGGAAUAUCAUCCUAAGCACAUGGUGUACAGUAAAAUACAGAGGUUGUUCCUUGUUGUUUAUGAAUUCAGUGGUUCUACAACUGAACUGGUGCUUUACUGGGAGAAUACUAGUUACCAGGCAGCAAACAGUAAAGGAAGCACACUGAAAGGUCGUGAUGCAGCAUUUAUUGGUCCUAAAGAAUUCCAGUUUGCUAUUCUUGAUGAAGACAAAACGGGACUUUCAAUGUAUAUUUUGCCUGGAGGAGAUACAAAAGAAGGCAAAGAUAAAGAUUUAUUAUUAGAAGAGAACCCUACUGCUGAAGAAACAAAAGAUGGGUCUCUUCAGGGUCCAAUACAGUUUAUGUUUGAAAGUGAAGUCGAUCGUAUAUUCUCCACUCCAAUAGAGUCAACUUUGAUGUAUGUGUCGAAUGGGAUUCAGAUUAGUCUGGCUAAGUUGGUACAAGGAUAUCGUCUUUCAAACUCAGAUGGCCAUUACAUACAGACGAAAUCUGAAGGAAGAAAGUCAAUCAAGUUGAAAUUAAAUGAAAUCGUACUCCAGGUCCACUGGCAAGAAACUCCUCGGGGCUAUGUUGCAGGAAUAUUAACCACUCGCAGGGUACUCAUGGUAUCAGCGGACCUUGAGAUAUUGGCAAGCAGCACUAUGAAAUUUGAUAAAGGACUUCCUCCAAUAUCCUGGCAACUUUUUGGAACUGUGCACUUUAGAUCCCUUUUGUGGGUUGGCCCAGCUCUUCUUUUUUCCACUACUACUGCUGUCAGUAUGCUUGGAUGGGACGGAAUAGUAAGGACCAUUGCCUCCAUUAGCAUGCCUUAUGCAGCUCUUGUUGGUGCAUUGAAUGAUCGAUUGCUGCUUGCAAACCCUACUGAUAUAAAUCCUAGACAAAAGAAAGGGAUUGAGAUUAGAAGUUGUUUGGUUGGGCUUCUUGAGCCUCUUCUUAUUGGAUUUGCCACCAUGCAACAAACUUUUGAGCAGAAGCUUGACCUUUCAGAAACACUUUACCAGAUAACUUCAAGGUUUGACAGCUUGCGGAUUACACCGAGGGCACUGGACAUUCUCGCCAGGGGUCCUCCAGUUUGUGGAGAUCUUGCAGUGUCAUUAUCUCAAGCAGGUCCCCAGUUUACGCAGGUCUUGCGCUGUAUCUAUGCUAUCAAAGCUCUUCGUUUUUCAACGGCAUUGUCUGUUCUCAAAGAUGAGUUCUUGCGGUCCAGAGAUUAUCCAAAAUGUCCUCCAACUUCACAUUUGUUCCACCGGUUUCGACAACUGGGAUAUGCAUGUAUCAGAUACGGUCAAUUCGACAGUGCCAAAGAAACUUUUGAAGUCAUUGCAGAUUAUGAAAGCUUGCUAGAUUUGUUCAUAUGCCACCUUAAUCCUAGUGCCAUGCGGCGUCUUGCUCAAAAAUUGGAAGAAGAAAGUGUGGAUCCAGAGUUGAGACGAUAUUGUGAAAGGAUUUUGAGAGUUAGGUCUACCGGAUGGACGCAAGGCAUUUUCGCGAACUUUGCUGCUGAGAGUAUGGUUCCGAAAGGACCUGAAUGGGGUGGUGGUAACUGGGAAAUCAAGACCCCUACCAACAUAAAGAGCAUUCCUCAGUGGGAGCUUGCUGGAGAGGUGAUGCCAUAUAUGAGGACGGAUGAGGGAACAAUCCCUCACAUCAUUGUUGAUCAUAUUGGUGUUUAUCUAGGUUCCAUAAAAGGAAGAGGAAAUGUUGUGGAAGUGAGAGAAGAUAGCUUAGUCAAAUCUCUUAUUCCUUCAGCUGACAAUAAGCUGAACAAUGGAAUUCCAGAUAUCUUAGCCAAAUCCAUCUCUGGCAGUGCAAAGGGACUAACUGGUACGACUUCGAGUGGUGGUUCCUUUAAUGGCCUAGAAGCUCUUUCAAGACAAAAUGCGGCUGGUACGUCAUCUGCUGAACAGGCCAAAGCUGAAGAGGAAUUCAAGAAGACGAUGUAUGGUGGUGCAGCUGCUGGUGAUGGUAGCAGCAGUGAUGAAGAAGGAACGUCGAAAACUAAGAAGCUUCAAAUUAGGAUAAGAGACAAACCAAUUUCCUCCACCACAGUAGACGUCAAUAAAAUCAAAGAAGCCACUAAACAGCUUAAACUUGGUGAAGCAUUAUUAGGCCCUACCCCAAGGGCAAGGACGUCAAGUGGCUCUCAGGACCUUGGCCAGAUCUUAUCACAGCCUCCUCCUCCAGUUGCUGCCUCAGUUGGAGUUUCACCACCUACUGAUUUGUUCGGUCCAGUCUCCUUUAUCCAACCCACAUCACAACAACCAGCUCCUGCAGUUGGAGGUACUGCAAUUCCUGCACCUCGACCCAUCCCAGAAGACUUCUUUGAAAAUACGAUUUCUUCCAUUCAAGUUGCAAAGACCCUGCCCCCGCCUGGUACCUUCCUUUCAAAGAUGGAUCAAAGAACAGAAGGUGGCGAGAGAAUGGCACGUACUCCAAUUGAUGCUCCUGUAGCUGCUGAUAUUGGCCUUCCUGGCGGCGGUGUUCCUCCGCCGGCCACUCAACAACAAUCGUUCCCAAUUGAUUCAUUCGGACUUCCUGAUGGCGGUGUGCCGCCUCAAAUCUCUGCUCAGGCAUCCAUCAUACCACAAGUUACUGGACAGGCUGCUUUCCCCACUCAGCAUCACAUUGUUCAGCCUUCUCAGCCACCAAUCUCUUCACAGCCUCUUGAUCUCAGUGUGCUUGGAGUUCCAAAUACCGAUGACUCUGGGAAAUCUCCAGGACCUCCUCCACCAUCAUCUGUACGCCCUGGACAGGUUCCCCGUGGGGCAGCUGCUUCUAUGUGUUUCAAGACCGGCCUUGCUCACCUUGAGCAGAAUCAGCUUCCUGAUGCAUUGUCAUGCUUUGAUGAAGCUUUCUUGGCUCUGGCCAAAGAUUUCUCUCGCGGAGCUGAUGUCAAAGCCCAAGCAACCAUCUGUGCUCAGUACAAGAUAGCAGUUACGCUGCUUCAGGAAAUCACACGGCUGCAGAAGGUACAAGGACCAAACGUGCUGAGUGCAAAGGAUGAAAUGGCUCGGCUCGCACGACACCUGGGCUCCCUGCCUCUUCUAGCAAAGCACCGAAUAAACUGUAUACGAACAGCAAUCAAGAGAAACAUGGAAGUCCAGAAUUUCGCCUACGCAAAACAGAUGCUGGAGCUCCUACUAUCCAAAGCUCCCCAAGCCAAGCAAGAUGAACUGAGGAGCCUCGUCGACAUGUGUGUCCAGAGAGGCUCGUCUGACAAGUCCAUCGACCCUCUUGAAGAUCCUUCCCAGUUCUGCGCUGCCACCCUCGGCCGUCUCUCGACGAUCGGGUAUGAUGUCUGCGAUCUUUGUGGUGCCAAAUUCUCGGCGCUCUCUUCCCCUGGAUGCAUUAUCUGUGGUAUGGGCAGCAUCAAGAGAUCAGAUGCUGUUGCAGGACCUGUUCCCUCUCCAUUUGGCUAAGAAUUCGAGACCUUUAGCAGGCAUCAUUGACAUUGUCUCUUCCACUACUGACAGCCUCGGAAUUUUGACCUGAGAUUUCUUUUUAGGUCAUCUUUCAGGUAAAUCUUCUGGUCCCAAAGCAUGAGCGAGCUGCCCACCCCGCCUUGUUUGGUUUACAUGUCAUUGUUCAUUCGGUUUUUGUAUUUUUUCCUCGCUAUGUUUUCUUCCUAUAUCGUGAUCGUUUCCCCUUCGCCAUUCUGUCAUAUUCGUGCAGUCAUCAGGUGACCCCUGCCAUUGUAAUUGAGAUAGCAAUUUUGCUGCUGAAUGUAUACCUUUGUGCUUUUGUUGUAGGCUUCGUUUGGAUUGGCUUUGGGUUGCAUGUAUAAAAUGUACAAUUCAUAAGGUAGUUUGUUUUCUUUAUCUUGCUAACAAAGGGGCUGAUCUGGUGAUUUACUUGUGAGGACGAUUAGUGCUCUUUUUGGUUUUGGUGGGUUCAAUUCAUUGCUCCUUGAAAGUUUGUGUUCCCGUUCUACUGAUUUUCUUCUUUUGAGUCAUUCUGUCCAUUAUGAUUU